CAUAAAUAUCUAACACUUGUACAUCUGAAUAUUCAAACAGAAAAAGCAGAGUACUAACCUAGAGAAUACCGUUAGCAACCGCUGGUUAGCUACGCGUUCAUUUUAAAUUCACCGGCAAAACAAAAAAUGAGACAUACAUACAUAUUUAUGUAUGUACAUACAUAUAUGCUUGCGACUGAACGUAGUUCAAAGGGGAGCAGUCCCUUGCGACCCAACUCCACAACCUUUUGUUGUUAACGAAAGCAAAACGAAACAAAUGUCCACUUUCUAUACAAACAAUUAUUUUCAAGCGCGCCCAGUACAGAACAGAACAGAAAAAUUGUAUUUUAUACUAAUUUAUUCCUCAAUUUUUCUUAAAUAUGUGGAAAAUGUACUCGAAACGUUUGCUUGUUAAAAUAGAAUUUCAGUUACAUGCGGUGACUUGUCCCGGGGUGUGGCUUUGUACACAUGGUUAUUUGGAGGUUACUAUCAAAACAUUGGGUUACUUUUUUCGUACCGGAGCUAUGGAGCCACGUUUCCCCCUGCUCUGCCAUGACAAAUUCACUAUGGAUGGCUACUUUAAGUCUGUCGGCUCACUGAGUGACUUGGAACGCGUGUUAGCCGCUGAGCAAAUGGAGAUAACGCUUUGGCAGAAUGGGCGACGCAUGGCGUUCUUUAUUGGUAAACUGGCCGAUCUAAUGAAAUCAGAUGUACCAAAAUUGUCCUGUGAACACAAUAUCAACGUACAACUUCUGAUGAAAGCCACGCCAGCAUUUCCGGGAAUUAUUGCACCUAAAGUGGAGUUGAGCGCGCAUAUAGAUGUGCAGGACCGUCCACAACGGGAUGAGGGAAAUGAAAAAUUUGUACAGCAGUCUGGCAACAAUAUAGCUUUGAAGAAACUAGAAUUUGAAGCUAAACGCAAACUAAACCGGCACACUCAGCAGUCACUAUCUCCCCCAAAUAAUUGCUUUAACUAUUUGGAAGAGAAACGACGUCAGCGACCAGUUUGUCACCUGAAAACAAAUUGUGGUAGUGGGUUUUCAAAGAAGAGUAGUGCUUUUCCUUGUUCGAAUGCGCCAAAGUCAUACAAAAUAGAUGCAGUGUCAAGUCAAAACAGCGAACGUCGCCUUUCAACUGGUUCUAGUAAUUUCAGUAAUACUAGUUCAUACAAUCUCAGCCAAGUUACGCGUAUGAGUUGUCCCUCACAACAAUGCCAUUCUAUUUGCACAGUUUCCUCGAUAUCUGCGCCGGACGAUCACCUUCGUCGAUGUGAGACCUGUCAAUCGUACCGAAAAGUAUUCUAUAGCAAAUAUUAUACAAAUUUACACAGAAAGAACUACUGAAUACAAACUGAUGUUAUGAUGUUA